AUGAGAGUUCAUUCUUGUUUUGUAAUAUUGGCAGACAAGGACUAUGUUUAUGAUGCCCCAUGUGACUUCUCUGAUGGGAAAUGGGUCCGUGACAAGAGAGGCCCUCUGUAUAAUGGUACAACUUGUGCCACAAUCAAAGAAAGCCAGAAUUGUAUCAACAAUGGGAGGCAUGAUUCCAGCUACCUUUACUGGAGAUGGACACCAAGUCAGUGCCAUUUUCCAAGGUUUGACCCUAACACUUUUCUUCAACUCAUUAAUGACAAGCGUGUUGCUUUUGUUGGGGACUCUCUGGCCAGGAACCAAAUAGAGUCGCUUCUUUGCUUGCUAGCUACUGCUUCAACACCAAAACGUGUCCACCACAAAGGGUGUCGUCGGUGGCACUUUACUUCUCACAAUGCAAGCUUGUCCCUCUAUUGGUCCCCAUUUCUUGUGCAAGGGCUUCAAAGAUCAAGCACAGGGACACUUCAUAACAUAAUGCAUUUGGACCGUGUUAAUGAGAAGUGGGUAAGGGAUGUGGAUCAAAUGGACUUGAUUGUGCUAUCAGUUGGGAAUUGGUUUUUGGUUCCUUCAGUUUACUAUGAGGGUGGUAAGGUUUUAGGUUGCCUAAACUGUCACGAUCUAGAGUACACUGAUAUUGGUUUUUAUGGUCCACUUAGAAAGGCUUUGAGGACUACUCUUAAUAGCAUAAUAGAGAAGAAAGUUGGUAAAGGAAAUGGAAUUGAUGUAAUUGUGAGAACAUUCUCACCUUCCCAUUUUGAAGGUGAUUGGGAUAAAGGAGGUACUUGUUCAAAAACUAGACCUUAUAGGCAGGGGGAGAUGCAACCUGGAGAAGUGGAUGGAGAGAUCAGAAGGAUUGAGAUGGAAGAAGUGGAAAAUGCCAAGGCAAAAGUCAAACAACUUGGAGGGUUUAGGUUGGAGGCACUUGAUGUAACAAAAUUAGCUUGGUUGAGACCAGAUGGCCAUCCAGGUGCUUAUAUGAAUCCUUUCCCAUUUGCUAAUGGGGUUCCAAAGCAUGUGCAGAAUGAUUGUGUUCAUUGGUGCUUGCCAGGGCCUAUAGACUCGUGGAAUGAGAUCUUUCUAGAGAUCAUGAAAAAGUGGGAGAAACAGCCUAGAGUGUAG